AUGAACGGAAGGAAUGAUUAUACUGUACAAGAAAAUAGUGUUCCGGAUACUGAUCGAGAUCGAAUAUUGAAAUGGAAUGGAUGGGGAUAUGCGGAUUCAUCUUUUGUAAUUAGGAAUUAUACUAAUGCUGUUCUCACGGGUAAUAGGUAUAAUUUAUCGGGUCAAACAUUGCCUUAUCUCAUCAAAUACAUGGAAGGGAAAUUUGGUGUCCACGUUGAUAUCCAAACUCCAAGUGUACGUUAUGAUGACUUAGUCAUUCCAGUUCCAUUUGAUAAUCAAGACUUUAUCAAUUUUUUGCUAUCAAACAAUAUAUCCUUCUCUAAUAAAUCUAAUUAUCGAUUAGUUCGAUCUCAUGGACAUACAGUACAUGAUAUUGCUAAUUUGCGAAGUGGUAAUGUUGGACGCAUUCCUGAUAUUAUCGUAUGGCCUAAAAGUGAGGAAGAAGUUAUGAAGGUUAUUGAUGGUGCUAAGAAAUUUAAUGUUGUCAUAAUACCGAUCGGUGGUGGAACUUCAGUAACAGGUGCGCUGCAAUGUCCAAGUGAGGAAGCACGGAGUAUUUGUUCUUUAGAUAUGACACUGAUGAAUUCAAUUAUUUAUAUUGAUGAUGAGAACCUUCUUUGUCGAGCUGAAGCUGGCAUAAUUGGACAAAAUUUGGAAAGACAAUUAAAUGAAAAGGGUUAUACUUGUGGACAUGAGCCAGAUUCUGUGGAAUUCAGCACACUUGGCGGGUGGAUUUCAACAAGAGCAUCAGGAAUGAAAAAAAACAAAUAUGGCAAUAUUGAAGACUUAUUAGUUCAUGUUUCGCUUGCCACUCCGAGAGGAAUUAUUCGUAGACAGUGUCAAGUUCCUCGAAUAUCCGGUGGACCGGAUUUGCAGCAAAUGAUUCUUGGCUCUGAAGGAAUUUUGGGAGUGGUGACCGAAGCAACAGUGAAAAUUUUCCCGAAACCAAAAAUGAAGAAAUAUGGUUCAUUCGUUUUUCGAACUUUUGAAGAAGGUGUAAAUUUCUUUCGUGAAGUCGCAAAGCAGCGCUGUCAAUGUGCAUCAUUACGAUUGGUUGACAACGAACAAUUCUUGAUGGGACAAGCAUUGAAGACUUACAAUGGCUCGUUGUUGAAAGGUUUAAAACAUACUUUGGAAAAUUUAUACAUUACAAAAUGGAAAAAUUUUGAGUUGAAUGAAAUUGUGGCAGCAACAUGCGUUUAUGAAGGGACAAGAGAAGAAGUCAAUAGUGAAGAGCGGAAACUUACCACUUUGGCGGAAAGUAUGGGUGGUAUAAAUGGUGGUGCUGAUAACGGAGAGUAUGGUUAUCGAUUAACUUUUGCCAUUGCAUAUCUUAGAGAUUUUGGUAUGCAAUUCUCGAUAAUGGGCGAAUCGUUUGAAACAUCUGUUCCGUGGGAUAAAGUGUUAUUUUUAUGUCGAAAUGUGAAAGAAGUGAUCAGACAAGAAGGAAUAACACGCGGUACGAUACUACCACCUCUUGCAACCUGUCGGGUGACACAGAUUUAUGAUUCAGGUGUCUGCGUAUACUUUUAUUAUGCAUUCAAUUACGGUGGCAUACCUAAUCCUAUAUUAUUAUGCGAUCAAAUUGAGAAAGCUGCUCGUGAUGAGAUUAUUGCUUGUGGUGGAAGUAUAUCGCAUCAUCAUGGUAUCGGAAAAUUGCGGAAGCAUUGGUAUCCUGCCAGUGUUGGCGAUACUGGAUUAUUAGCAAUUAGAGCACUAAAAGAGAAACUUGAUCCUAAGAAUAUCUUCGGAAAUGGAAAUAUAAUCGAUGUUGAAAGGGAAAAAAGCAAAUUGUGA